AUGGAGGCGGUGGAGCUGGAGGAUCCCUCUGCGCACAUCAAGGCGCUGUGGGAGUCGCACCUGGAGCUGAAGACUCAGCUGGUCACCAGGGACGACUUCGCAUGGAACCUGCCCUCGCUGCCCACCUCCGCACCACCCCCGGACGACGCUGCCGCUCGCGGGGGUACUGAGGAGAAGGAGGAGCUGCGCUUCAUUGGCGGUGUCGACAUCAGCCGAGCGCAUGGUCAAGCUUGA